AUGGCUAGUACCGUCGGAAUGGCGUCGUUGGGCAAUACAUGCACAGUUGCAGUGACCUCCCUAACCACUUCUCGCAGGCCCUGUAAGCUUCAGGCGAAUGUUGGCUGGGCCAGCAGCACUCUCCUAUGUCGCACCAGCAGAUGGGCUCCAGCUUCUUUGUCUCGAGUGGCCCAAAUCCCAUCGGUUCAGUGCGGCAGCAGCAACCCCACCCCCCGUCGCGACGGCGCUAGCAUUUCCACCGCCUCCAGCCGCGCGGAAGACCUCCCCGCAGCAACUGCCAAGCCCGGCCGCCCGGCCAGGGCUCGCAAGGAUGCUACUGACGAGGGCAACGGCAGCGCUGUUGAGAAAACCGACCCCAUUCGCCGACGCACCCGCGCGAGCAGCAGCAGUGGAGCUAAGGACAAGAAGAUCAAGAAGACUAAAGGUGACGGAGACGCGGAGGAGGAUUCAGCGGCUGCGGGGGUAUCGGGGGGGGAGAGGAGGCGGAAGAGCAAGGCGGCGUUGAGCGAGAAUGAGAUUCGGCUGGCGCAGCUGCGACAGGAGCUGCAGGCGGCGCUGGAGGAGCGCCAACGCCUCGCCGCGUUGCUGCAGGGGAAGGCGGAACCGGAGGAGACGGCAGCUGCGCAGACCGUGCGCACGCCUGUGGGAGCGGGGGAGGCGGCGGCAGCAGCCGCCGUGCGGAAGGCGUCCGCGGAAAGGGCGCGGGACGAGUCGUUGGCGCUGAAAAAGGAACGAGAGGCGCUGAGAGCGGUGAAGGGGGCGGAGAAGGCGGAAGAGGAAGCUGCGCUGGCGCGCGAGCGGGAAGAGGCCGCGGCGGGGAUGCGCGAAGUCGCAGCGGCACGCGUGCGUGCUGAUGCGGAGGCGAAGGCGGCCGAAGAAGCAGCGGCGAUGGCGAGCCUUGAAGCGGCCGCACGAGCAAGGGAGGAAGCAGACGCGCGCGCGAGAGCAGAAGCCCUAGCGCGGGAGCGCGCGGAGGCGGAGGCGAAGGCGCGGGCGGAAGCAGCGAAAAUGGUGGAGCUGCCGCGGCAAGAGCAGCUGCGGAAGCUGCAGCAGGAGCACGAGUUUAUCGCCGCGAAAAUGUUCUUCUACCCCGGGCAGGUGGAGCCGGGCAAGCCCGUCGAAAUCUUCUUCCACCGCCCGGCGAGCGUGUUGAAAGACAAAUCCGGAGUGAACGUUGUCGGCGCGUUUAACAACUGGCAGUGGCAGCCGUUCAAAGCGGAGCUCAAGCCGUCCGCGGAGGUGCCUAACGACUGGUGGACGUGCCGCAUCCAGGUUCCGGAAGAGGCGUAUCAGGUGGAUUUCGUAUUCCACAGCACGGACAACGUGUACGAGAACAAUGGCGGGCAGGACUUCUAUAUCGCCGUGACUGGCGGCAUGGGCGAGGCGGAGUUUGAGACCAUGCUUAAUGAGCGCAAGCGGGAGGAGGCAGAGCGGGAGGCCGCGGAGGAGGCGGAGCGGGAGCGGCGCGCGGCGGAGGAGCGCAGGGUGGCGAAGCUGAAGGCGCAGCAGGAGGCGGAGCGGAAGCAGGCGCGCGACAUGGCGAACGACGCGCGGAACCGGCUGGGGGAGAUGCGGCGCACGUGUGGCACGAGUCUUCAGGGCAUGUGGCGCGUGGAGGAGGUGGGGCGCACGGAGGGGGGCGAGCGCGUUGUGCGGCUGCUGUAUAACAGGGCGGGUCGACCGCUGGCGCGGAGUGGCGCGGUGUGGGUGCACGGAGGGGUGAACGGGUGGCAGGACGGGCUGUCCGCAACGGGCGAGCUGAAACCAGAUAACCAGGAGAACGGCGACUGGUGGUCUGUGGAGUUGACGCUGCCGGCGGACGCGGUGGUGCUGAACUGGGUGAUGGCGGACGGGGCGGUGGGCAAGGCGGGCGCAUACGACAACAACGGGCGCAAGGACUUCGCCGCCAGCGUGGGCAGCGACGACGACGCGCGGAAGCUGUUUGACGAGCUGGAGGAGCGCCUGCUGGUGAAGCUGGAGACGGAGCGCAUUGCUCGUGAGGAGCGCGAGGCCAAGGAGGAGGUGAGGCGGCAGGAGGCGAAGCGGGCGAUGAAGCGGCGCACGAUGGAGACGUUCCUGCAGUCACAAGCCCACGUGUUCUUCACGGAGCCCGCUGAGCCGCGUGCGGGGGAGACGGUGCGCGUGUUCUACAACCCACAGAACACCGUGCUGCACGGGCGCCACGACGUGUGGAUGCGCGGGUCGUUCAACCGCUGGACGCACCGCACCGGGUGCUUCCUCCCCGUGCACAUGCGCCCCGCCUCCAACGGCACCCACCUCGUUGGCGAGGUGACGGUGCCCCACGAUGCGUUCAUAAUGGAUCUGGUGUUCAUGGACAGCAGCGACCCCAACGUGGCCACCUAUGACAACAGGGGCGGGCUGGACUACCACGUGCCCAUAGUGGGCAGCACCACCAAGGAGCCGCCGCUCUACAUCGUGCACGUCGCCCUCGAGAUGGCGCCCAUUGCCAAGGUGGGGGGUCUGGGCGACGUGGUGACGUCCUUGUCUCGAGCCAUCCUGGAGCUGGGGCACAAGGCGGAGGUCAUUCUGCCCAAGUACGACGUCCUCAAAUACGACUGCAUCCAGGACCUGCAGGACCGGGGGUCGUUUGCGUGGGGCGGCACCAACUGGCGCAUGUGGUUUGGCUACGUGGAGGGCAUUGGCGUGCACUUCCUUGAACCCGAGAGCGGCAUAUUCUGGGUGAACUGCAUCUAUGGGCGCAAGGACGACGGGCACCGCUUUGGCAUCUUCUGCAACGCGGCGCUCGAGAUGCUCGUGCAGACCGGCCGCCAGCCCGACAUCCUGCACUGCCACGACUGGUCGUCGGCGCCGGUGGCAUGGCUGCACGCGGAGAGCUACAAGCAGUACGGGCUGGGCAAUGCGCGCACGGUGUUCACCAUCCACAACCUCGAGUUCGGCCAGGCGCUCAUUGGCCGCGCCAUGGCCGCCUGCAACAUGGCCACCACUGUGUCACCCACGUACGCGUGGGAGAUAGGGGGCCACGGGGCGGUGGCAGCGCACCGGGGCAAGUUCCACGGCAUCCUCAAUGGCAUCGACCCCGACAUCUGGGACCCCAUGACUGACCGCUUCCUGCCGAUGCGGUACUCAUCGGAGGAGGUGGUGGAGGGCAAGCGCGCCGCCAGGGACGAGCUGCGGCGGCGGCUGAACCUGCGGUUUGACGACCGCCCCGUGGUGGGCAUCGUGACAAGGCUCACAGCACAGAAGGGCAUCCACCUCAUCAAACACGCCAUCUGGCGCACGCUGGACCGCGGUGGCCAGGUGGUGCUGCUGGGAUCGGCUCCGGACCCGCGAGUGCACAGUGAGUUUGAGCACCUGGCGGGGCAGCUGAACAACUCGCACAACAACAUGCAGCGCCUCUGCCUCAACUACGACGAGCCGCUUAGCCACCUGAUCUAUGCGGGGUGCGACAUGAUUCUGGUGCCGUCCAUGUUUGAGCCCUGUGGCCUCACACAGCUCAUCGCCAUGCGCUACGGGGCUGUGCCCGUCGUGCGCAAGACAGGAGGGUUGAACGACACGGUGUUUGACGUGGACAACGAUCACGACAGGGCCAGGGCGCAGGGCAAGGACGUCAACGGCUUCUCCUUUGAGGGCGCCGAUGCCGCCGGCCUCGACUAUGCCCUCGACAGAGCCAUUUCUGGGUGGUAUGAUGGGCGCGAGUGGUGGAAUGGGUUGGCCAAGCGGGUCAUGGAGCAAGACUGGACUUGGAACAGACCGGCGCUCGACUAUCUCGAGCUCUACUAUGGCGCUAGGAAAUGA